UGUGAAGCACCCGCAGCCAGCAACAGCGUCAGCCGAGCCAAAAUCCUCAGCAGGUUAUGAGCCCCGCGCCGCGAUAACCCGCGCGCGGUCGGCCGCUUAGCUAGCUAGGUAGUAUGGGGGACUAUAGUGGAGUAAUGUUGUUAGAGGACGCGUCAAACUACUUUGCGUGGCGUCGCAGCCUGUUGGACCACCUGAACUCCCGGCGUGUGCCUCUCGGAGAAUAUCUCUUCGCCUACGCUCCGAUGACGCCUCGCACGGCGCGCGAGCUGGCUGAUGAGAGUGCUGCAGCCGCCAGUUUGCUGCGCAUGUCCUGCAGUGAGGGCGUUGCGCAGCAACUCGCACUCGCUCAGCACGCCUACGAGGCGCACGCCUACGUCAUCCAGCUGUUCCGCCAGUCAGCGCCGCUGAAACUGGCGCAGUUCGAGUCAGAGCGCGAUGAGUUCUGCCUGCGAGAGGGCGAGACCAUUGCCUCUUACUUCCUGCGCGCCAGUGACCUGCGGGACCGCAUCGGCGCGGUCGGCGGCUCGUGGACCGACCAGCAGGUGCGACUCAAGCUGCUGGCCGGUCUGCCCAAGCCGCGCUGGGAGAACAUCUGCGACAUCUGCUACGCCUCUCCAGGCCAGACCCUGCAGCAGCUUUGCGGUUAUUUAAUGCAGCAGGAGUUCAUUAAGAACCAGGAGCAGGCGCGCAGCGGGCACGUCGGCGCCGUCAACCGCAGCGGCGGCCGCGCCGGUGCCGCCGGCAGUGCCGGCGGCGGCCAAGGCGGCGGCGCCGCCAGCAGCAGCGCCAUUAUCUGCCACUACUGCGAGCAGCCUGGCCACAUUCGGUCCCACUGCCGCGUGCGCCUGGCCGAUGUUGCGGCCGGCAUCUUCCGCGCUGACAUCCGCUCGCCGCCCCAGCUGAAGCAGUCCGGCGGCGGCGGUGGUGGCGGCGGUGGAGGCGGCAGUGGUGGCGGUGGUGGCGGCGGUGCCGGCGGCCCCAAAGGUGGCGACAGCGGAGGAGGUAAGAAGCGCGGUGGGCGGAGCGGCGGGAGCAGGGGUGCCUCGGGUGGCGCCGGCACUGCCGUCUCCAAGACUGCGCACGUGCUGGUUGUGCGGGGUGUUGAGGACUGGGCCGUGCCUGACGCCGGCAGCAGUCUAAUCGUCCGCACCUAUGGCGCCGAGUCGGCUGGCUCGGGCGUCAGCAGUGGCUACGGCACGGCCGACGGCGGCAUGCCCAGCUCCGGCGUGGUGGAGGGCCACGCCGGUGGCAGUAGCACCAGCACUUACUGCUACAGCGCGGCCGUCAGCGGCUCUCGCAGCAGUAGCACCAUCGGCAGCGCCCCGCCUCCCCUGGGCGGUGGCUGCAGCCUGAUCAACAUGGUCCGCGCGGCGUUCCGGCGCCUUCGCAGCGGACCCAACAGCAGCAGCGCAGGAGCAGGAGUCUCCAGCAGCAGCAGCGGCAGUGCCGGGCUUGCGAGUUCCGGCGGCCGCUCGAGUGUCGUCUGCAAUAGCGGAGACACCGUGCUGUAUCCCUCCAGCAGCAGCAGCGUCGGGGUGGUGGCGAACGGCAGCGUCAGCGGCAGCCCCAGUAGCGCCGCCGCCGCCAGUGGUGUGCCGGUGGUGGAUUCCGGCACCUUUGCCCAUAUCACGCCGCUGCGUCAGCUGCUUCACAACUUCACGCCCCGCUCGAGGGUGAGGCAAGUGCUGUGGGGGGAUGGCCACAGCAGCCCGGUCGGGGGAUCGGGCACUCUCCGGAUGCUCUCCGGGCGGCAGCGUGUUGAUGUGACGGGUGUGCUGUAUGUGCCAGCCGCCCAGCUCUCCCUGCUAUCUGUGCGCCGGCUGACGGCCAGCGGCGUGAAGGUAGUGUUCGAGGGGGAGACAGUGACCUUAGCGCAGGGUGGCCGCAACCUCCUCAGCGGCCGCCUGCGCGAUGGUCUGUUCCCGCUGUCUGUUACCAUGCUGCCCGUCGCGCUGGCGGCGCCCGCCGUGGCGCCGCCGGCUGCCGGCGGCGGCCCCGCCGCGCCUCCGGGCGGCGGCGGUGGUGCCGCCGCCAACGGCAGUAACACCGGUGUACACCCCAAUCCCGCCGCCGCGCUUUCGGGCCGCGGCGGCACCACCAGCAGCAGCAGCCUCAGCGGCUCCGGCACUAUGAGCAGUAGCAGCAGCAUUGGUGCGGCCGCGCCUUCGGGCGGCGGCGGCGCCAGCAGCAGCACCAGCUCGCCGGCGGCUUCUCUGGGCGCUGCGCUCCGUCUGCACCGCCGGUUCGGCCAUCUCGGCUGGACUGCGCUGAUGCAGAUGGUGGGUGGGUCCCUUGUCACCGGCCUGGAUGUUGAUCUGUGCGCACUUAGCCAGGCAGCCGGGUCGGUGUGCAGCACCUGCAUUGAGGCCAAGGCGGCCUCUCUGCCCUUCCCGAAUAGCAGUAGCGAGCCGCCACAGCCUCUGGCUCUGGCGCACUCUGACGUGUGCGGCCCCAUGCCCACCGUGGGCCGUGGUGGCGCACGCUACUUCACCACGCUGCUUGACGCCGCCACCGGCCUAUCAGCUGUUCGGUUGCUGCCCACCAGGGACCACGCUGGUGUAGCGCUGCAGGAGAUGAUUGCGCAGUUCGAGAGUCACUGCCGCGAUGGCGGCAAGCUGCGCAUCCUCCGCAGCGACAACGGCGGCGAGUACCACGCUGAGCAGCUGGAGCAGUGGCUGCGUGAGCGCAGCACCGCGCACCAGUUCAGCGCGCCGUACACGCCGCAGCAGAACGGUGUGGCCGAGCGGCUCAACCGCACCCUGAUGGAGCGCACUCGCGCCCUGCUGUUUGAGGCUGUGCUCCCCCCCAGCUUCUGGCCUGAAGCUGUGGUGCAUGCCUGCCAUGUGCGCAACUUAAGUCCCUCCACCAGCUGCAGCAGCACGCCGUGGGAGGCCUUCACCGGCAACAAGCCUAACGUUGCCGACCUGCGCAUCUUCGGCUGCCGCGUCUAUGUCACCAAACCCGCCGACAGCCGCUCCAAGCUCAGCCCGCAUGCCGACAUCGGCACGUACCUGGGCCUGCAGCGCAGCUCCGCCGCAUCUCGCGUGCUGGUCGGCGGCAAAGUGGUGGUGAGCCGGGACAUAGAGUUCGAUGAGGAUGUACGGGGUCCGGCGUCGCGGCUGGCGGGCACACCGUUCGGGGUAACGGCGGAUGCGAGUGGUGGUGGUGGUGGCAGUAGCAGUGCUGCAACGCCCUCGGCCGGCGCUGACCCGGCGCCUCCCCAGGCGCCGGCGGCGCCGGCCAACGGCACACCUCCCCCCACUACGCUGCCGGCGCCUCCCCAGGCGCCGGCAGCCGGGCCCUCACGGCCCGCCACCCGCAGUCAACGCCCCUCACUAACGCCGGCCCUCGGCGCCGUCAGUGAGCCUCCGCUGUCAACUGCCGCAUCCGCGGCGGCGGGCGGCGGGGGUGGCAGCAGUAGCAGCGCCGCCUCGGCUGCAGCAGCGGCCGCUCAGCUGUUUGAUAGCGACAGCGACGACGAGACGCCGGCGCUGGCGCCAGCCUCAGAUGAUGAGGACAGCUACAGCAGCAGCGCUGCGAUGACUGCGGCUGCGGACACCGGCGACCCCCGCAGCUAUUCGGAGGCCACUAACGGACCACAAGCUGCGGAGUGGCGCGCCGCUAUGGAGGAGGAGAUGAAGGCUCAACGCGCACACGGCACCUGGCAGCUAGCGGAGCCGCCCCCAGGCGCGCGUCUGCUGGCCAAUCGCUGGGUCUUCAAGACCAAUGUUGUUCGAGUCAGCGAUGAGUUCUGCCUGCGAGAGGGCGAGACCAUUGCCUCUUACUUCCUGCGCGCCAGUGACCUGCGGGACCGCAUCGGCGCGGUCGGCGGCUCGUGGACCGACCAGCAGGUGCGACUCAAGCUGCUGGCCGGUCUGCCCAAGCCGCGCUGGGAGAACAUCUGCGACAUCUGCUACGCCUCUCCAGGCCAGACCCUGCAGCAGCUUUGCGGUUAUUUAAUGCAGCAGGAGUUCAUUAAGAACCAGGAGCAGGCGCGCAGCGGGCACGUCGGCGCCGUCAACCGCAGCGGCGGCCGCGCCGGUGCCGCCGGCAGUGCCGGCGGCGGCCAAGGCGGCGGCGCCGCCAGCAGCAGCGCCAUUAUCUGCCACUACUGCGAGCAGCCUGCUGGCCACAUUCGGUCCCACUGCCGCGUGCGCCUGGCCGAUGUUGCGGCCGGCAUCUUCCGCGCUGACAUCCGCUCGCCGCCCCAGCUGAAGCAGUCCGGCGGCGGCGGUGGUGGCGGCGGUGGAGGCGGCAGUGGUGGCGGUGGUGGCGGCGGUGCCGGCGGCCCCAAAGGUGGCGACAGCGGAGGAGGUAAGAAGCGCGGUGGGCGGAGCGGCGGGAGCAGGGGUGCCUCGGGUGGCGCCGGCACUGCCGUCUCCAAGACUGCGCACGUGCUGGUUGUGCGGGGUGUUGAGGACUGGGCCGUGCCUGACGCCGGCAGCAGUCUAAUCGUCCGCACCUAUGGCGCCGAGUCGGCUGGCUCGGGCGUCAGCAGUGGCUACGGCACGGCCGACGGCGGCAUGCCCAGCUCCGGCGUGGUGGAGGGCCACGCCGGUGGCAGUAGCACCAGCACUUACUGCUACAGCGCGGCCGUCAGCGGCUCUCGCAGCAGUAGCACCAUCGGCAGCGCCCCGCCUCCCCUGGGCGGUGGCUGCAGCCUGAUCAACAUGGUCCGCGCGGCGUUCCGGCGCCUUCGCAGCGGACCCAACAGCAGCAGCGCAGGAGCAGGAGUCUCCAGCAGCAGCAGCGGCAGUGCCGGGCUUGCGAGUUCCGGCGGCCGCUCGAGUGUCGUCUGCAAUAGCGGAGACACCGUGCUGUAUCCCUCCAGCAGCAGCAGCGUCGGGGUGGUGGCGAACGGCAGCGUCAGCGGCAGCCCCAGUAGCGCCGCCGCCGCCAGUGGUGUGCCGGUGGUGGAUUCCGGCACCUUUGCCCAUAUCACGCCGCUGCGUCAGCUGCUUCACAACUUCACGCCCCGCUCGAGGGUGAGGCAAGUGCUGUGGGGGGAUGGCCACAGCAGCCCGGUCGGGGGAUCGGGCACUCUCCGGAUGCUCUCCGGGCGGCAGCGUGUUGAUGUGACGGGUGUGCUGUAUGUGCCAGCCGCCCAGCUCUCCCUGCUAUCUGUGCGCCGGCUGACGGCCAGCGGCGUGAAGGUAGUGUUCGAGGGGGAGACAGUGACCUUAGCGCAGGGUGGCCGCAACCUCCUCAGCGGCCGCCUGCGCGAUGGUCUGUUCCCGCUGUCUGUUACCAUGCUGCCCGUCGCGCUGGCGGCGCCCGCCGUGGCGCCGCCGGCUGCCGGCGGCGGCCCCGCCGCGCCUCCGGGCGGCGGCGGUGGUGCCGCCGCCAACGGCAGUAACACCGGUGUACACCCCAAUCCCGCCGCCGCGCUUUCGGGCCGCGGCGGCACCACCAGCAGCAGCAGCCUCAGCGGCUCCGGCACUAUGAGCAGUAGCAGCAGCAUUGGUGCGGCCGCGCCUUCGGGCGGCGGCGGCGCCAGCAGCAGCACCAGCUCGCCGGCGGCUUCUCUGGGCGCUGCGCUCCGUCUGCACCGCCGGUUCGGCCAUCUCGGCUGGACUGCGCUGAUGCAGAUGGUGGGUGGGUCCCUUGUCACCGGCCUGGAUGUUGAUCUGUGCGCACUUAGCCAGGCAGCCGGGUCGGUGUGCAGCACCUGCAUUGAGGCCAAGGCGGCCUCUCUGCCCUUCCCGAAUAGCAGUAGCGAGCCGCCACAGCCUCUGGCUCUGGCGCACUCUGACGUGUGCGGCCCCAUGCCCACCGUGGGCCGUGGUGGCGCACGCUACUUCACCACGCUGCUUGACGCCGCCACCGGCCUAUCAGCUGUUCGGUUGCUGCCCACCAGGGACCACGCUGGUGUAGCGCUGCAGGAGAUGAUUGCGCAGUUCGAGAGUCACUGCCGCGAUGGCGGCAAGCUGCGCAUCCUCCGCAGCGACAACGGCGGCGAGUACCACGCUGAGCAGCUGGAGCAGUGGCUGCGUGAGCGCAGCACCGCGCACCAGUUCAGCGCGCCGUACACGCCGCAGCAGAACGGUGUGGCCGAGCGGCUCAACCGCACCCUGAUGGAGCGCACUCGCGCCCUGCUGUUUGAGGCUGUGCUCCCCCCCAGCUUCUGGCCUGAAGCUGUGGUGCAUGCCUGCCAUGUGCGCAACUUAAGUCCCUCCACCAGCUGCAGCAGCACGCCGUGGGAGGCCUUCACCGGCAACAAGCCUAACGUUGCCGACCUGCGCAUCUUCGGCUGCCGCGUCUAUGUCACCAAACCCGCCGACAGCCGCUCCAAGCUCAGCCCGCAUGCCGACAUCGGCACGUACCUGGGCCUGCAGCGCAGCUCCGCCGCAUCUCGCGUGCUGGUCGGCGGCAAAGUGGUGGUGAGCCGGGACAUAGAGUUCGAUGAGGAUGUACGGGGUCCGGCGUCGCGGCUGGCGGGCACACCGUUCGGGGUAACGGCGGAUGCGAGUGGUGGUGGUGGUGGCAGUAGCAGUGCUGCAACGCCCUCGGCCGGCGCUGACCCGGCGCCUCCCCAGGCGCCGGCGGCGCCGGCCAACGGCACACCUCCCCCCACUACGCUGCCGGCGCCUCCCCAGGCGCCGGCAGCCGGGCCCUCACGGCCCGCCACCCGCAGUCAACGCCCCUCACUAACGCCGGCCCUCGGCGCCGUCAGUGAGCCUCCGCUGUCAACUGCCGCAUCCGCGGCGGCGGGCGGCGGGGGUGGCAGCAGUAGCAGCGCCGCCUCGGCUGCAGCAGCGGCCGCUCAGCUGUUUGAUAGCGACAGCGACGACGAGACGCCGGCGCUGGCGCCAGCCUCAGAUGAUGAGGACAGCUACAGCAGCAGCGCUGCGAUGACUGCGGCUGCGGACACCGGCGACCCCCGCAGCUAUUCGGAGGCCACUAACGGACCACAAGCUGCGGAGUGGCGCGCCGCUAUGGAGGAGGAGAUGAAGGCUCAACGCGCACACGGCACCUGGCAGCUAGCGGAGCCGCCCCCAGGCGCGCGUCUGCUGGCCAAUCGCUGGGUCUUCAAGACCAAUGUUGAAUAUCUCUUCGCCUACGCUCCGAUGACGCCUCGCACGGCGCGCGAGCUGGCUGAUGAGAGUGCUGCAGCCGCCAGUUUGCUGCGCAUGUCCCGCAGUGAGGGCGUUGCGCAGCAACUCGCACUCGCUCAGCACGCCUACGAGGCGCACGCCUACGUCAUCCAGCUGUUCCGCCAGUCAGCGCCGCUGAAACUGGCGCAGUUCGAGUCAGAGCGCGAUGAGUUCUGCCUGCGAGAGGGCGAGACCAUUGCCUCUUACUUCCUGCGCGCCAGUGACCUGCGGGACCGCAUCGGCGCGGUCGGCGGCUCGUGGACCGACCAGCAGGUGCGACUCAAGCUGCUGGCCGGUCUGCCCAAGCCGCGCUGGGAGAACAUCUGCGACAUCUGCUACGCCUCUCCAGGCCAGACCCUGCAGCAGCUUUGCGGUUAUUUAAUGCAGCAGGAGUUCAUUAAGAACCAGGAGCAGGCGCGCAGCGGGCACGUCGGCGCCGUCAACCGCAGCGGCGGCCGCGCCGGUGCCGCCGGCAGUGCCGGCGGCGGCCAAGGCGGCGGCGCCGCCAGCAGCAGCGCCAUUAUCUGCCACUACUGCGAGCAGCCUGGCCACAUUCGGUCCCACUGCCGCGUGCGCCUGGCCGAUGUUGCGGCCGGCAUCUUCCGCCUUGAUGGCACCCGGCGCUUCAAGGCGCGCCUGGUGGUCAAGGGCUUUGCGCAGCGGAAGGGCCUUGACUUUGACGAGGUGUUCGCCCCCACCAGCCGCUACGCCGCGCUGCGGGCCCUUCUCGCCAUAGCUGUCCGGCGUCACCUGCUGCUGCACCAGAUGGACUUCAAAACAGCCUUCCUCAACGGCGACCUCGAUGAGGUUCUGUGGAUGCAGCAGCCGCAGGGGUUUGAGACCAGUGACAGCGGCAGCGACGGCAGCGGCGGCGGCGGUGAAGGUGCCAGCGGCGGCAGCGGCGCAGACAGCGGCGGCGCAGGCCGCCUCAGUCAGCGGCCGCUGGCGUGCCGCCUGCUGAAGUCCGUGUACGGGCUGAAGCAGGCGCCGCGCUGCUGGUACCGCAAGCUCAGCGAGAAGCUGGGUGAGCUGGGCUUUACGCCGGCCACGGCGGACCCGGCGCUCUUCGUGCGGCAGGACGAGGCGGGUCUGGUCUACGUGCUGGUGCACGUGGACGACCUGUUAGUUGCUGCCGGCUGCCCCGUGCAGCUGGCGGCCGUCAAGUCCGCCAUCGGCGCCUGCUUCGAGGUGCGGGACCUGGGAGAGGCCAGCACCUAUCUGGGGAUGCAGAUCAACCGGGAUCCCAGCACUGGUGAGAUUCUGCUGUUGCAGCGCCGGUAUAUCGAGGAGCUGCUGCAGCGGCAUCACAUGAUGGACGCCAAGCCGCGCAGCCUGCCCCUGCCGCCCGGCACGCGAGUGCUGGCGGCCAGCGAGCAGCAGCCAGCGCUGACUGACGGCAGCGAGUACCGCUCGCUGGUAGGCGCCCUCAACUACCUCGCCACCUGCACCCGGCCUGACAUUGCCUACGCGCUGAGCCUACUCGCACGGCAUAUGGCAGCGCCGACCAAGGUGCACUUCACGCUGGCGGUAGGCGUGCUGCGCUACCUGAAACACACCGCCGCCAUGGGCCUGCGCUUUCGGGCAGCGGCCGGCGGCGGCGGUGGCGGACAUGGUGGUGGCGGAGGCGGUGGCGGCGGUGCUGGCGGCGGCGGCGGUGACGGCUCCUUUCUCGGCUACUGCGAUGCCGACUGGGCCGGAGAUCCGCUGACUCGCCGCUCGCAGACCGCCCUUCUCUUCAGCCUGUACGGGACGGCGGUGACCUGGUGCAGCCAGCGGCAGCACACCGUCGCCGCCUCCUCCGUGGAGGCUGAGUACCAGGCUGCGGCCGCAGCGACCAAAGAGGCGCUGUGGCUGCGCAAGUUGGCGGCUGACCUGGGCCUGAACGGCGGCGCCGUCACCAUCCGCUCCGACAGCCAGGGCGCUAUCAGCCUGGCGCGCAAUCCCAUCUCCUCGUCGCCGCUGUCGAAGCAUAUCGACAUUCAGCACCAUCUGGUGCGCGAGCGCGUGGCGCGCGGCGAGGUGGCGGUGGAGUACUGCCCAACUGAGGAGAUGGUGGCGGACGCGCUGACGAAGGCCCUGUCGGAGGCCAAGUUCGCUUUCUGCCGCGCGGCGAUGGGCGUCAGCACCUAAUUAAAGGGUUCUGUCGAGGACAGAAGUUGCCGAGGCAACUUGUUAGCGAAGGGUACUGCAUUCUAGGCCCGGGACCUUAUUGGGUUCUGCCAGUGAGCAGCUAGAGACGUGCCGAGUGCAGACCUGAGGGAGAGACACCAACAUGGUGCUCUGUUUGAGGGGGAGCAAACUGCUCCCGUACCCUGACUUGCCUGCUCCUGUCCUGAGUUAUCAGUUGGCUGCCAGACGGCGGUUUGCUGCAAGACCUGGUUUGGUCUGAGGGGGAGUGUUGGUGAGUUGGGGGCUCGCGGUGCUAGUG